CGCGCAGAGGAUAACGUUUCCAUCAUGCGCUACCACACUGUUACACUGCUCCUCACUAUCGGCAUCGUCUUGGCCAGUGGCUUGGAGGUGGAUGUUUGGAGACGGUACAACUCACGCCUGCCCAUCGUUGGCUACCGGCAACUUCCAUCCCGCGGUGGUGCGUCACAUGAUGGGAAGAGUGCCAGAAUCGUUGGUGGACGCGAUGCGCCCAUAGAAAACUUCCCCUACCAGCUGUCGUUGCGGCGCAGUGGAGUACAUGCCUGUGGUGCGUCCGUCAUCGCACUGCGGUGGGCAUUGUCGGCCGCCCACUGCACCUAUCCCAUACCGCAGAUGAAUGAGAUGUCUCUUCGGGCGGGAUCUUCAAACCGGUUGGCUGGUGGAACGAUCAUCCCAAUCACCCAGAUCAUCAACCAUCCACUGUUCAGCGAGUACACGAUCGAGUACGAUGUGUGUGUGCUUCAAACGGGUACGGAAAUGGUGGGACAGUUUAUAGUGCCCGUUGUAUUGCCCCCGGCAACUAGUGGGUUUGCCCCCGGAACCAUGGCCAACGCAACCGGGUGGGGUCUUCUGAACGUGCCGGGCUCACUGCCAGUGCAGCUACAGUACGUGGCGCUGCCUUUAAUCUCCCUCGACCAGUGUCGCAAUAGUUGGCCCUCAGAGUGGAUAACGGAGGAAAUGCUUUGCGCUGGCCAGCCGGGUCGCGAUACGUGCGGUGGUGACAGUGGCGGACCACUGGUCAUCAACGGCUACCAGAUGGGCAUCGCGUCCUGGGGCGUAUCGGAAUGCUCCGGCAACUUGCCAUCGGUGUUUGCAAACACUGCCAAUCCCACCGUCCGGAGCUUCAUUCUAGAGCGCACGGGAGUUUAACACGAAUCCCAGCAACUACGCAUCGUUCGUACUCUUAGCACCAAUGAUUGGUUACACCAAACCACUUUCAGUCGUGGUCGUCGUCGUCGUCAUCUCUUAUCACUCGCGCGUACUUUCGGAAAACAUGGGCGGGGAAGCCCCCACAUGGACACCCGGCCAUCGUCAGCCAUGGUCCGCACCGUGCCUCGCAAUUCAUUAUUCGCUAUCAGAGCACAAUGAUAAAUCUGUUCCUACCUUAUCAGAGCUACUCUUGGCAGCAAUAAAGCGCCCCUUCGAGUGUCCAACCCUUUA